UCAUUCCUCUCUCCAUUCCUCCUCCUUUACUCCUAUCUUCCUCAAUAAAUGGAUAAAUCGCUAAAAUGUCUCUGAAUAAGACUUUUUCGUAAAUGGUGUAAAUGUUAUUCCCCUGUCUUUCCCCAUAUCUUUCCAACUCCUCCUUUCUCUCCUUCCCUCCACAUCUAACCCUCCUUUCUACUAAUCCCUUCUCCCUGCUCUGCUUUACCCUUUCCUUCCCCCUCUGCCAUGUGAGUACAGAGGUCAUGGGAUCUGGGGAUCUUGUUCCACCUGAUCAACAGAAAACAUGCAUGCAUCAAAUCAUCUCUGAAGCUGCCAUCUUGUACAUGUUAAAACAAGCAUGUAAACUUGCAUACAUAAAACCUAAAAUAAAGUGCAUAAGCUACACAGAACAGGCAAUGUAUUUGAAUAGAAAAUAAGCCUAAAUUACUAUCAUGUGCAAUUCAAUCCAAAACGGUCAAAAACAUGCAAUACAUGACCAGUUCUAACGGUUGAUGAUAAUUAAGAACUACUUUCGGUUUCACUGUUUUCCUAAAAGUAGAGGAAAGGCAUCUGAAAGUCGAUCGGGCGCAUACACGCUAUAUGCCUUCCAGCGGGGAUGAGCGAGUCUCAGCUCGAGCUCGGAAGGAAACAUCACGUGGUGACACAUCUCCGGGACUGACGUCACCGUCCCCAUCUCCAAGCAACCUCUCCAUCAGAACUCGCGUCACCGCGCGCCAAGCCGCACCGUUGCCCAGCAACUUCUGCCUUUUCGCUCGCGCCCGGCCUUGCGCUCCGCUCGAAGCUCUGACGCGAGUGUGACGUUAGUAAGGUGGUAUCAAUUUGUUAUGGCAGCGGGAGAGGAGGAGUUUACCCAAGAACACUGGCGACAUUCCACCAGAGCGCAGUCAGUCCGCUUAUGUGACCGAUAGAGUCACUCUGUAAAUAGUUCUUACUGAUAGGGUACGGCUGGCACACAUUUCUGUACAUAUUUUGGAGAAAAAAAAUAAGAAAAUAAAAACAAUACUAUGCUGCUUUUUGUUUUGUUAUAGUGUUCUUGUAUUUAUAGCAAAUACCAUAUUCUUAUGGAAUGACUUGCAUAGCUGUCUUUGACAACCGUUUGAAUUGUGAGAGGAGGUUGAGUAUCUACUUCCAGUAAGGUAUUUCACGCAAUUCGAAUCCUUUCCUUUGGAAUAAAAUAAUCAUGGUGAUCAUGACGGAGAGCGGCCUGGGGACACAGACGACCCAUACUAAAGGAAGACCUCUCCAGGUCGGCUUCUAUGAGAUCAUUCGUACACUGGGGAAAGGAAACUUCGCCGUGGUGAAGCUGGCAAGACACAAAGUCACCAAAACACAGGUGGCCAUAAAGAUAAUUGACAAGACUAGACUAAACCCGUCCAACUUGGAGAAGAUCUACCGAGAGGUCCAGAUCAUGAAGCUGCUUAACCAUCCCCAUAUCAUCAAACUCUACCAGGUAAUGGAAACCAAAGAUAUGCUGUACAUUGUGACAGAAUACGCCAGAAAUGGAGAGAUGUUCGACUACUUGACCUCAAACGGGCGCAUGAGCGAGGACAAGGCGCGGAAGAAGUUCUGGCAGAUCCUCCAGGCGGUGGACUACUGCCACAGACACCAUAUCGUUCACCGGGACCUCAAAACCGAGAACCUGCUGCUGGACGCCAACAUGAACAUCAAACUGGCUGACUUUGGAUUUGGUAACUUCUACAAGACAGGCGAACCCCUGUCUACCUGGUGUGGAAGCCCCCCCUACGCAGCCCCGGAGGUGUUUGAGGGGAAGGAGUACGAAGGGCCACAGCUGGAUGUUUGGAGUCUGGGUGUGGUUCUGUAUGUUCUGGUGUGUGGUUCUCUUCCGUUCGACGGGCCUAGCCUACCUACCCUCAGACAGAGAGUCACAGAAGGCCGCUUCAGAAUCCCCUUCUUUAUGUCUGAAGACUGUGAGAACCUGAUCCGUAAGAUGCUGGUGGUGGACCCAGCCAAGCGGAUCAGUGUGGCCCAGAUCAAACUGCACCGUUGGAUGUUGGCUGACCCCACAGCCCUCCAGCAGACCCUGAGCAUGGCGCUGCCCCUCACAGACUAUAACUCCAACCUGGGGGACUACAGCCAGCCAGUCCUGGGCAUCAUGCAAACCCUGGGCAUCGACCGCCAGAGGACCAUCGAGUCUCUGCAGACCAGCAGCUACAACCACUUCUCUGCCAUUUACUACCUGCUGCUGGAGCGGUUCCGGGAGCAUAGAACCCAGCAGCUCAGCCGUCAAUGUGGACCCUGGACCCAGAGACCCAGGAGCACCUCCGACUCUGGUAACCCAGAGGUCAUCCUGGAGGACAGCUUCAGAACUUCAGCCUACCCCAUCCAAUGCCAGAGCACCCCUCGUAUGCACUCGGAGACGGAGUAUGACCAAGGUGCUUUGUUCCAGCGGGUGGUGUUUCCAGUGGAGGCCAGUCUGAACAGACUGUUGUGUAACCGCUCCAUCUCCCCAAAUAGCCUUCUGGAAACCAGCAUCAGUGAGGAGGUGCGACCCCGCGAUCUGGAGGAGGAGGAGGUCACACAUACCUGCCCCCCCCUCAUCCUCACCACCACCACUUCCCGUAGACACACCCUAGCUGAGGUGUCUGCCGGCUUCCAUCAGUGCCUCCCCCCCAGCGCUGUGGUCGCUCCCUCAGACAGCACGUCAUCUGAUAGCUGUCUGAAGUCCCUGUCCAACCCCAACCACUCCCUGCCGCGUCCCAGAGUAGGCACGUCAGCCUGGCCAUCGUCUGAGACUAGCCCAAGGGCGCUGGCCCCCGGCGGGACCCCACCAGCCUUCUCCUCCCACCUCCUCCCCCAGGCCCAGGCUGCCAGUUUCCAGGAGGGACGCAGAGCUUCAGACACCUCCCUCACACAAGGUCUGAAAGCCUUCCGCCAACAGCUGAGGAAGAACACACGCACUAAAGGCCUGGUGGGUCUGAAUAAGAUUAAAGGUCUGGCGAGGCAGGUCUGCCCUCCAACCUCCGACCGCAGUAACCGUGGCAGCCGGGGGUCAAUUGGACCCACCAUCAAUGAGCACCGCAGCAUGCUGGAGGAGGUUCUGCAUCAGCAAAGAAUGCUCCAGAUCCAACACCAGCCCCAGGCUUCUCAAUCAGCCCCUACCCAGAAUCCCCUGGUCUUCCGUGCCCAACAGCAGCCCCCCUCCCCCACAUCCAUCUUAAACCCCUCCACCCUGUUCGACACAUCUGUCCCAUCACUCCUCCAGAUGGAACCCCAACAGCAGAGCCCCCUGACACUCCAACACGCCUUCUGGCAGCAGCCUCUAGAGUCAUCAUCCUCCUCCUCCGGCUCCUCUUCCUCCUGUUCCUCCUCUUCCUCCUACUGCUCCUCUUCUUCCUCCCUCUCCACCGUGGCCUCCACGGCCUACCUCCUGGAGGCUCGUCUGCACAUCAGCCAGCAACCCAGCCUCUGCCCCCAGACCUUCCAGUACCAACCACAAACCCAGAACCAGGCCUUCACACAGGGCCCGUUGCACCUCCUGAACCAGCAGGGGAUGUGGAGGGACUCUGGGCCAGAGUCUGAGAUGCAGGAGCUUCCCCGGGCCGGACAGCUGACUAGCUGUGUGAUGGUCAAGUAGUGGGGAGGAAGGAACAAGAAACAGGAAACAAGCAAUUACUACUUGACCAGAGAGAUUGUUCUGUAUGACAACCAAAAUGAAACUGUGGCAGUGAAGACACCACUGACAGACAAACAGGAAGGCUGAGAAUGUUUUGACUGUGGGAAAAUGACUUUGAGCUGUGGAGUUUCUCUCAGAUUAUCAGAUGAUGAGCAGAAGACAACAGGACGCAACUAAACACGUCAGACACAUCUGAAGUGUGAAGAGAACAAUUGGGUGGAAAAAAAACGGACAAAUCGAAAUGCUCUUGAACAACAUGCAAACACACUUCUAGGUGUGUAUAUGUGUGAUCACAUAAGCUGACCAAUAAGCAAUAACCAAACUCUGGACAGGUGACCACCUUCCUUUCAGAGAAGCAAUAAAAGUCAGGGAGGUGUGUCACGGUGUCACUGGACCAGACUGGACCAUGUCAGACCUAUUUCAACUGCUUAUUAUUUACAGGAGGAUCCAGUCUUCCUGAUUUUGGCUUGUGUUCAUUUUCCAUAUUCCCUCACUGUAUAAAGACAUUUAUUACAUUUCAUUGUUUUUUUCACGUGAUUAGAAAUAACCAAAGUUUUCUUUUUUUGGGGGGGUGUAUUACUGCGCAGCAGCCCACCAAGCAUGCGUAUCAGAACUAUUCUAAGCUUCCAAACUUUCUUUCAGUACAAUGUUAUUAUUUGACAAACUGUGAUUCGUGCAAGUUUCUAGCAGAGCUCAUGCUGCUUUUAACACAGAAGUAGUUACAAAAAACCUGGUACAUCUUGAUCAGUCAAUACAAAAAUAGAGACUUGCUGAGUGUCUAAAGCACAGUGGACACUGCUAUAAGCAAGCAGUAUGUGUGUGAGUGCAUGUGUGUGUGUGAGCAUGUUUGUGUUUGAAUAUGAAAAGGUUGAUUUCAACAAAUAAUGUAAACUCAUUAAUGGUUAUUUUCUAAUAAUUUUCCCUUUGGUUUUAUGCCCUUUUGGUGGGGAAACCUCAUCCAGCUACAGUCUACUGCUGUUUUAGCACCACCUUCUCAGGUAACCAAGACUGAAAUGUCUCAAUUUGGAAGUAUUGUCAAAACACAAGUCUCUUAAUAAAUACUGACAUGAUGUCAUUCCCUAUCAGAAGACAACAAGACACUACCCACUUUUCAUUAGAAGCUGUGUAAGCUACAUGCUUGUCUGCACAGACAGCGCAGAUACCUUGGGACUGUAGUGCAAUAUAUUUCAUAGAAAUGCAGGGGACAUUAGAACUAACUGCCAUAGGAUUGUACAGUACCUGCUGGCAUUCAUUUGAUAGUUAUUAAUGUCAAUUGUUUAUGUUUUGCAUGAUUGUUCAAGGCUUUAAUAGCUUCAGAGGGAGCUAGCGGAGUAGAGCAGGUACCAGAAAGCAUCAGUUUUUGUUGAACAUGAACAUUGUAGAUGUGUAAAAGAAAUAACCUAAUCCAUUUCAUAGUGCUUUUCCUCUCAACAACACGGUUGCCUCUGCCAUUGUACAACGGCUGAAUUAGAGAUGCACCAAAGAGAAAGUAUUGUAAUGGAAAGAAGCACUGAGGACUCUUCUGUGAACAUGACAAAAAAUGCUAGCUAGUUAGCACAUUCAUGGCGUGCUAUGUGGCUGCUUCUGCUACAAAAUGCUAAUGUCUGCUAAAGGUUCCCCUGGCAGAUGGGUUCCUGGACCAUAGCUGAAUUCUUUUUUUAUAAAAUAAAAAGUAAAUAAUAAUAAUAAUAAUAAUAGAGAAAGUAGGAAAACAACUUUCAGUUGUACAAUAAUUGUUGCUGGAGCAUAAUUUCUUUCUAUGAAUUUUCUGUAGAUGGUAGCGGUAGCAAUAGUGGUAUGUACGCAGGCUAGAAGUGUAUACAAGAUAUUUGGAUUCAUGUUUUUAGGUGUUAGGCCUAGAGAAGUUGAGAUUUACUUUGAAGCCCCACCAUUAACUUCAGGUGUUUCCACCAUGAUAGUAGUGCAGCUUCAUAGUUUCAUAGUUUAAUUGUAUCUGUGAAGUGGUCUCUUUUUGCACAUGUUGAAGAGGAAGUGUUUGAUGCCUAAACAGUUGUUUCAUAGAUUUGUCUGAAAUAAGCAGUGUUAAUAUUAAUAAAUGACUUCUUUUUUGGCUGAUUGCACUCA